CGUGUUUCACAUCGAACUUAUUUUCACUCGGCACCACAUUAGCUUGGCCGUGUAGCUUCUCAAGCUAAUAAUUUGAUGAAUAUUUGACGAUAAGACCGCGUGGUUCUGGUUCAUCGAUGCCACUAAAGGAUCAAUCAAACUCGACCGUGGCCAUGAAGCCAGCGGUGGAUGAGAUGUUUCCGGAGGGCGCGGGGCCGUACGUUGACCUGGAUGAGGCUGGGGGAAGCACAGGACUGCUGAUGGACCUGGCUGCCAAUGAAAAGGCAGUUCACUCAGACUUCUUCAAUGAUUUUGAGGAUCUGUUUGACGACGAUGACAUCCAGUGACAGAGAAUAACACGUCUUCGGAGUAACGAUGGAUGAUAUUCACACCACACCUUUUUUUUUUUUUUUCAAAAAGCAAACCAGCCAUUUACUGUCUAAUGACAUACAAUUUCCUUUCAUAGUUGUCCUAGUUUCAGGCUUUUCUAAAACAUCCUUAAAAAGUCGUCACCGGUUCCAGAUGUUGCAGAAUUCUUAAGAUCCCAAGGAUUCCUUCAUAUAUGGUAUGUUUAAAUUAUGAGCUUGUAUCAUGCUCAUGUCUUCGACUGCUUCUAAGCUGGAUUGCAGGGUUCAGUGUGCAGGAGAACACCUGUUCGGAGCGUAAUUAUACAUGUGAUGGGCAGAGGCUCCACACGCUGUCGCCCUUAAACAUGCUGCAGAUGGCAUAUGAUGAAUGAUAGUCUGUUAAAAUGGUUUAAAUUAUUUGUAUGUCAGGUUCGGGGUUUAAUAUCUGCAGUAUGUCCUGUUACAUUAUAUAUUUGCACAUAUGUGUACAGUAGUUAUGCAUUCACACUUGUAUUUUUGUGGUCAAAAUGAAUAAAAAGUAUUUUGUUAUUAUCAAGCCAUAA